CGAAGCGUUCCCGACGCGGCGCGCGCCGUUCUCCCUUGUGAUGUGACACCCGGCGGUGGUCGAGCGUGAAGACGGUGCGGCAGCGACGAGAGCCGAGAGAAAAAUAUGCGGCCGAGCGCGGUUUGCCUGUCGCUCCUGCUGCUGGUGGCCGCGGCGAGCGCGAGGAUCCACAAGCUGGACAUACGGAAAGACGGGAGGCAUUACAUUACCCUGAGCACAUUCGGCUUCUACAAGGGUGGCAUCCUGACCGUGAAUCUCACGGGCUUCAAGUUCGAGCCGGCGGACGCCGAGAAAAAGCUGACACCGGAAAGCGCGAGCAAGGCUGUGUUUGGAUUCAGCUUGGGUCGAACGCUGAUCGACGCCAUUAAUCCAUACGUGCACAAUCACCUGGACGGGUGCUUGCUGCAAAAUGUUACGAAUCUCAAGACGGAACAGAAGGACGACAGCUCGAUCAUAUACUUUACCAUGGACUUAAAGAAUUUAACAAUGCAGGUGAACUGCAGUAGCAACGUACACGCGGCGCACAUCUACAGGGAUUCCAGCGCGGUGUUGCGGUAUCGAACAAAGAGGAGUUCGCUGUCGGAGAGAUUCAGCGAUACCGCGCUCUUCCCACGGAGAAAACGGAACACGUCGCACGUGCUCGAGAAGGCCGCCGGUCGCGGCAAUGACCCGAGGCUCGGGUCGGAUAGCAACGCGUGCUCUCGCCUGAGACUGCCGAUGACGAUGGAGACGACACCCGAGGGCGAGAGAUCGUACAACACGAGCCUCGUCAUGUAUGUCGCCAGCGAGGAGGAGGAGGGCCUGUACAAUCUCUAUUUUCACAAUUGUCAGAACUACGACAAUAACAAGGAGCCGCUGCUCGUGGAUUUCACGGUGCAAAUCGCGGAGAUUAAUAACGAUAACUUCCUCAGCGCCGGCGAAAUGCCAUUGCCGGCUCUGUAUUUCACGAUGGCGCUGCUCUUCUUCUUGUCCGGCUGCUUCUGGGUGUUUAUUCUUAACAAAAGCAAGCAUUCUGUAUUCAAAAUCCACUACUUAAUGGCUGUCCUGGUGUACCUGAAGUCCUUCUCACUGCUGUUCCACGGUAUAAAUUACCACUUCAUCCAGACCAAGGGUGAGCACGUCGAAGCGUGGGCGAUUUUAUACUAUAUUACUCAUCUUCUGAAAGGCGCCGUUCUCUUCAUCACUAUUGUGCUCAUCGGUACGGGAUGGAAUUUUAUAAAACACAUUCUUUCGGAUAAGGAGAAGAAACUCUUCAUGCUGGUCAUACCAUUGCAAGUGUUGGCAAAUGUGGCUGAGAUAAUAAUCGAGGAGAGCGACGUGGGUAAUUUACGUCGCGAGACUUCGCGGGAUAUGUUCAUACUUGUCGAUUUGGUGUGUUGUGGCGCAAUUCUAUUUCCGGUGGUGUGGAGUAUUAGGCAUUUAGAAGAGGUUGCCCGCACGAACGAUAAAGCGGCGAUGAACUUGCGCAAGCUCAUGCUAUUUAAGCAUUUCUACAUUAUGAUAGUCUUCUACAUAUACUUCACUCGUAUUAUAAUGUACAUACUCAAGAUUACAGUGCGCUUCGACUACCAAUGGCUCGAUGAAACGUUCCGAGAAAUGGCAACCUAUGCAUUCUUCGUUCUAACAGGCUACAAAUUCCGACCAGCGUCCGCGAAUACGUAUUUCACGGUACCGAGUGAUGAAGUAGAGCCAGACGACGAGGAUGACAAAACUGAUGUCGUCAUUUCCGGUGGUAAUGGAAUCAACAGGGAUUUCAGUACAGUAAGUAAAAUGCCGAGAGCGGUGAGGUCUGCGACUUCAAAAGUCCCAUCUACUGAAGAGGAACGGCACGCUCUUUUCCACAAAUCCUCUCGCGAGUACGACUGAGGAUAAAUCGUGAUAGACCACAUUUUGCGACGAUUGCGCCUAUAAUUUGCGAAUCUUUCAGGCUGUCUUUGAGGCUUUAGGAUUGAAGGGACAAACGAGAGCGCGACAAUAGGCGAAACAAGGGUGAACUGAAUAUGUGAGAGAGAGAGAGAGAGAGAGAGAGAGAGAGAGAGAGAGAGAGAGAGAGAGAGAGAGAGUGUGUGU